AUGUUUGUGUCUAUGUCCAUUGGCUAUGGGGGAUUCAGAAAUGUUGGUUUUGAAGACUGCCCUCAGAAUCUUGUGUCUGGUUUGAAGUCUAUAACUGCUAAACACUUGGCUCUGGCCAGUCAAGUCAUCAGUUUUACAUAUGUCGUUAUCCCUGAACUCAGGAGGGUUCUGUUCCUGAAAGUGCCUGAUUCACGAAAGGGAUUGCUGUUGUUAGAGAUGGAUCGACUAGCGCAGGAUUUAUGA